CCUCUUGAAUCGGCGAUCGGUGUCCUGGAGCUCGUCCAGAGAGAAUUCUCUGUGGCUGAGAAGACGAUGGAAACUGUUCAGAAAAUGGUGAAGGAAGCUGCUGUUAUUGUCUGCAUCAAAAACGGGGAGUUUGAUAAAGCUUCGAAAAUCGUGAAGAGGCAUAUGGGGAAGGAGCCCAAAAGCCAGAAAAAGAGGAACGAGUUGCUGACUGUCAUCCGGGAGAAGAAUUUCGCUCAUCCGAUGGUCAAAAACUUCUCUUACAAGAACUUCCAGCAGAGCGUGUUUCAGUUCCUGAAGGCCUAUGUGGACGAUUCGGAGCCGCUGCUGCUAACGAUAAUGAAAAAGACUUUGAAUUCAGAACGUGCCAAAGAACCAAAAUGCUCGUCGGUGACUCCUGAGUCUGCAAAUAGGCCGAAGGACCAGGCAGCAGCUCCGGAGCCCUCGGGAGGGGCAGAGGGCCCAGCAGGAGCUCCAGAGCCUGCAGAAACAGCAAAAGACCUGGAGGGAGCUCCCGACCCUGCAGAAAGGGCAGAUGACCCCGCAGCAGCUCCCGAGCCUAUGGAAGGAGUUAGUGACUCUGCAGCAGCUCCCGAGCCUGUGGAAGGAGCUACUGACCCAGCAGCAACUCCUGAGCAUAUAAUAGCAGCGGAUAAUAUCUCGGAAGAUGCUUCAGAGCCUAUGGAAAUAUCUAAAGAACCAGAGGCAGCAGCUCCGGAACUUCCAGGAGUGUCCUUCAGGGACUCGGCAAGAACCAAGAGAUGGAAAGAAGAGGAGAAUCAAGAUUCUAAGAUCUCAGACCCUCCUGAAAUAUCCUGUAAGGGCAAACGCUUGUUGACCAUAAGCAAACUGGUCAUGGAGCAAGACAGCCAGUACAGCGAGUCGAGUGAGAGCCCAGACUCGUCCCAGGAGCCAGUUGUAUCUUCUGCUUCCAGACCUGUUCAGAAAUUGCAUGACCAGCCUGUAUCUACUAAGAGUGCCAAGUCCUUCCAAGGGAGGUGGAACAGCUUGUAUGAUGAAGAAGAAGAAAAAGACAGUUGGAGUGAGGAGGAUGAGCUCUUCUCAGGUGCAGCAUCAUUUGUGACAAAGCGCCACAACGCUACAGUCUUUGGUUCCAAGAAACAGAAAUGGACAAUGCAGGAGAGCGAGUGGAUCAAAGAGGGCGUGAAGAAGUUUGGAGAAGGGAGAUGGAAGGCCAUUUGCCAGAAAUACCCCUUCCAGAACCGCACGGCAGUGAUGAUCAAGGAUCGCUGGCGGACCAUAAAAAGCUGGGAAUCCUCUAAAGUUGGGAGCCACGAGACCUUCAGUGCAAAAACCUCCUUAAUUUUCUUUUGAAAGAUGGACCGGAGCAACAGUAGUGGGGAGGCUGCUGUGCUCGUCCCUGAUGUGUGUUGGGGCCGGCGAGGUGAGCCCCUCCGGCUCGUGGUACCCAAGGCUGCUGCAGCAGACGGCAACCAGGCCUGACAAGAACCGAGGAGCCUCGCGUCUCGAGCUGUAGCUGCGAGGUUUAGGUGUUCCGCAGCUGGCAGAAGCUGCGCAGCCUGAUUGCACGUGCUCGUAAACGGCCUGGAUCGGGACUUCCUUUUCCACCUGACAGCUGCAGCCUUUGUAGAAUGAAUCGCAACCUGAUGGGCUGCUGAAGUGACAGGUUUUUCUGCUCACAUGCUGUCAAAUGGCAGGAUGAUCCUGUCAGUGGCUAUUUUUAUGUGUUUUAAUUGUCUAAACUGUGAACCGCUCGUUUCACCUGUUUGCACUCAGUCCCUUGUGGGAGAGAGGCAGCACAUAGUCCCAGAGCUUCUGGGGGGGAAGAAGAGAUUUAGGCAAGGUGAUCUGCUUAGAUCUCACCACCCCACCCCACCCUGUUUCUUUCUGCUUUGUAAAUGGCUAGUCUGCGAGCGGGAAUUUCUCCCUCCCAGCUUUGAGGCUUUAAAAACAUUAUUUUUUGUUUCAGUACUUAAUAGUCGGUUGUUCCCAUGUUAAAAGUUGCAGUGCUUGCUGAUUUUGGUCAUGUCUUACUGGCAUUUCUCCUUCCUGGUAACCUCCUCCUGUGUGCAGUCCCUGCAAGCGUGUGAGCUCCGAGGGUGCUGCGUUUUUCCUGCCUUCAAGAUGCCAAAGCUGAAGUCCAUGUACGAGCGGUCUUCUGUAAAAUAAAGUUCCUUUCUUGUUGGA